AUGGCACCACAACUAACCAUCAUUCCUGGAAUUGGGUUGUGGCACGUUCAUGGCCAUGAGGACAGCUGCUAUGUCCGAUAUGCUUCUAACUUUAUUGAAGGCAUUGGUCAGAUCGAUGGAGAGAUAAUGGAGAUGCUAUGGGCAUGGCUCAAUAUGAUCUCCCCUGCUGCUCAGGAAAUGUCAUCUCCCCACCGAAAGGAAUGCCUUGAUUAUCAGAUGAAUGACUCCAAUUUCUGCAAGAUGAUUCGCAUGAAAAGGACUCUAUGCCGGAAAUACAAACUGGCUAGGAAUGGCAUCUUGGAAAGUGGAAAGGCAUUCAACAGACUCAAUGAAGCAGCACCCUCACAUUUGAAGACAGAAUGGUUAGCCAGGGAGAGGAUAGCUCAGUCAAGCAGAUUGAAUGAUCCUUCAGCCAUGGAUGAAUAUGAGAUCAAUAUCAAAAAGGCACCUAGCAAAAAGGAGAUCAAGCUUAGAUUGUUAGAGGAGGGUAACGCCCGCAAUGCAGCACCCUCUCGCAGAUCUGUGGCAACAUGGAUAUCAACAGGGUUAGUAAUUGAAGAAGCUCAGAUUGCAUUGCUCAUCGAGGUCCGAAGGAUCGGAAGAAGAUCCACUGAGACACAGAGAUUAGACAUCGCCCGUCAAUGGGAUCGGCUCCAAGGCCAGAUAGAUGGAUUUGCUCGGUCUGCUCUAACACAUCUCAGGGAGGGAUUUAAUGCAGAUUAUGAACCUGAGGACUUGGAUGUAGACAUUCUAGAUGAUCUCGAUGAUGACCUGGCAGAUUUCACAGAGACAUCUCAUACAUGGACAAACUCUCCCGAGCUCACUGUAAUCCCAUUGCCAUUGAACCUGGAGGUUGAUAGAUGCAGAUGA